GGCGACCACGUGCUCGUCCACUGCCACGCGUCGCUGAGCCGAUCCGCGGCGUUCAUCCUGGCCUACCUCAUGCAGAAGAAGGGCAUGACGCUCCUCGAGGCGGCCAGGUGCAUGAAGGCCAACUGGGACGCGACGUGGCCCAACGACCGCUUCGUCUUCCAGCUCAUGGAGUACGAGCGCGACCUC